AAGUAUGCAUUGUUUACAAAUCGAAUGCAAACCUAGCAAGUGACGGAAGUGGGCGUGCCCACCGUUAACGAAACACGGCCAUCCAAAUCGCGUCAUAUUCGGUGUGCUAGCGCGCGGACGAUGGCGGCUAUCUUGGAGCGAAGCUUCAUAGAAAUCUGUGGAUUUGAGAGGGAAACAGUUCCGCGCUUCAGAGACGUUACGAUUAACCCAGGUAAAAGGUGUGCGAGCGCUCCGCCCGGCGGUGUGAAGUAUCCGGACAGCGCAGGCGGAUUUUCCUACGAGGACAGCGGGAAGCUACUGUCGGUCACGAGCAACAGGUUCAUUCACUGGUCCACAUCUGGAGACACCAUUCAGCUAGUCGAGCAGUCACUGGAUGUUAACCUGCUCAAUAAUGCUAUCCGCCUGAAGAUCCUUCAGUGCCCCCUGCUGCCCGGGGGAGUGCAUAUCCACGAGACCCUCAACAAUGUCAUCAUUCUUAUCGUCACUAGCCAGUCAGUGCACCGGCUGGUGCUGCCUCACCCUACCAACAUGUACCACAGUGAGCUCGUAACUGAGCUGCAGGUGCAGUCUGUCUUCACAGAUGUGCGGAGAGCGAGUGUUCAGGACGCAGCUCACAGCUAUAUGCUACCACCUGGACAGAGCCCCAUCACAUCCGCCGCCUGGCUGAGCCCACAUGGCCACGCCCACUUUGCCCUAGCCCCGCCCUCAGGGGGCAUCACUGUGGUUACUUUACCACCCCAUGAUCAGCAGGGAUCUGUCUCUGUACUGGAGCUGAAACAGAGUUCAGUCAUUCAGAGGCUGGCAGGCUGGAUGCCCACUGCCAUAAGGGGAGAGCAGAGUCCGAGUGACCUUGCUGUCAGUUUGUCUGCGUGGUCACUGGACGACGACACCUUCCUGUUCACCAUGUGUCAGGACCUUAAACUGAGAGUGUGGAGCUACAAGGAGCAGCAGUGUGUCCUGGUGACAGACCUAUUGGACUUUGUCCCCGCGGGCCGAGAGGAGAUGAGGCGUAGUCAAGGACAACACCGCCUGCGUCUGUGUUUCUCCCCAUCUACGGGACUUUGUGUGGCUGUCCACCUCACUGCACCCAGCAAUUCCCAGUUCUGCGUCCUGCAGCUGGUUGCCAGUGACAACAGCCGCUACAGUCUGGAGCAUAUCUCCACACACUUCAGCACACAGGAGACCCUGGUGGACUUUGUCUUGACAGCCACUGAAAUCUGGGGCCUCUGGGUGGACGAGGACAACCAGACCGUGAUGAAGUACACCAAUUUUGAACAUAACGUAGCAGCCAUGUGGAACCAGGUGUUUGCACAGCCCGCUCCAGAGGAGGAAGUCCACAUUGGGCCGGACCAGGACCCCAGAGAGACGUACCUGGAUGUGCUGUUCUCUCCGCUACGCUUCACUGGAGCUGCUAUCGUUAAGGCCUUGCAGAUUUACAGACGUGGUACAGAACGGAUUCUGGACUUGACAUGGGAUUCACUUAAGAAGGAGGUCACACUGACCGUGGAGAACGAGCUCCAGAGCAGUGUGACCCAGUUUGAGUUUACUCAGGAAGAUUACCGUGUGCUCCAGGUGGAUUUUUGGUCCAAAUUCUAUGCCUGCUGCCUACAGUACCAGGAGGCCCUGUCUACCCCCCUCGCCUUGCACGUGAACCAGGCCACGGCCAUGGUCUGCGUGCUAAAAAAGGGCUUCGUGUCGUUCCUGCUACCCUGUUUUGCUGUGGACCACCUGUACCUGUCGUCUGAGGAACACCUGUUCUCUGAGGAGGACACGCCCAUCUCUGAGGAUCCAGAGCUGGGCAGUGAUGUUGUGCAGUUAGUGCAGUGUGUGCGGUUGGUGGGAGAGUGUGUGCAGGGUGACAUGGCAUGUGAGAUGGACCGAGCUCUUGAUAUGCUGCUGUCUCCAGAGAGAGCUACAGAACAGGUGCUGGAAAAUCUCCUGGCCAAUGGCAGCGAUAACCUCAUUGAGGACAUUAACAACCAGCUUCAGGAAGUGCGGAACCCCCUGGCUGCCAUGACGGCUCUGCUUCGAGAGCUCGACCUGGAGACAGACAUGGAGAUGAGCCCAGAGAGAACGGUGCCCCCCACAGGCCAGUCUCUGAGUGUGCGGAUGAGUCUGUCCCAGCUGUAUGGCAGCAGUGUGUCGGUCAGUGUCGUGUGCCAGGCCUUGUGUCAGACAGCCAUGAGCCGUGCGCUGCUGUGCAGAGAUAUUCUCAUCCUACAACACCUGUACCUCCGACUUGGAGACAACUCUCUGCAGAUGCAGCAGGAUCUGAUACCACGGUGCUGUAACCUGCUCUGCUGUUACCACCUAUUGAAACAGCUCAGCCAAACCUUCACCUCACCUGUACCACUGGAUACACUAGAUAUUAAUCUGCAGCAUUUGUCAGUGUUGAAGUUGUCAGACUCUCCAGCUGUGCUUCCCAGUAGAUCAGUGUUGAAUCCUCAGACGGUGGUGGAACUGUUCUAUCAGAACGUGGCUCGUAAGCUCAUCGUGGCUCAGCUGUUUGGCCAGCGGGGGGCGGAGGCGAGUCAAACUCCACUACACUGGCCCCAGCUAAUCUCCAGUGUAGUCACACUGCUGUCCCAGCACCUCUGGCCCACCAAUCCAAGCUUCCUGUUCCCAGAGUGCUUGAUGGGAAACUGCCAGUACACACAGCUACAGGAGUACGUGCGUCUGAUCGGCCCCUGGUGCCAGGCCAACGUGGGGUCAUGUCGGUUUGUCCUGGGUCAGGCCUACCUGGCCAGUGGGGAGGGCCAAAAGGCACUGCAGUGUUUCCAGGAGGCAGCAGAGGUGGUAAAGGAGGAGGAGUUUCUGAUGAGAUUGACAGGCUUGGAGGAGGAGACCAAUACUACCGCUCCACGCUUGAGCUAUUACAAUAAGGUGCUGCAGCUCCUGGAAGACAUUGGAUUACCAGAGCUGGUUAUUAACUUGGCCACGCUGGCCAUAUCGGAAGCAGGGACUGAUCAGAGAAGGCAGGCUGCUCUGUGGACACGAAUCUUCAAACACCAUCUGGACCUUGGACACAAUCGAGAAGCUUAUGAAGCCCUGACCCAGAACCCAGAACACAGCAGUCAGCUGGACUGUCUGCGUCAGUUGGUGGUGGUCCUGUGUGAACGUGCCCAGCUUCAUGAUCUGGUCCAGUUCCCCUACGUCAACCUGCACGAAGAAGUGGUGAGCAUCAUCGAGUCGCGGGCGCGAGCUGUAGACCUCAUGACGCACAACUACUACGAGCUGCUUUAUGCUUUCCACAUAAACCGCCACAACUACAGGAAAGCUGGGACAGUGAUGUUUGAAUACAGCAUGCGUCUGGGGAGAGAGGUUCGGACGCUACGCGGUUUACAAAAGCAGGUUGACUGUUUUCUCGCUGCCCUCAACUGCCUCCGUCUCAUCCGGCCCGAGUAUGCCUGGAUCGUCCAGCCAUCGUCCAGAGCUGCUGUUUCUGAUCGCCCUGGUACAUCACCUAAACGGGACCAUGAUGGCGAGCUGGCAGUAGCACCAGUGAGUCGUCAGAUUGAGAUUCUGGAGCUGAAGGACGUGGAGAAGGAGUACGUCCUUGCACGCUGUCGCCUCACCCUCGGCCAGCACGAGCCCGCCUGUGCUGCCAUCGCAGGUGGCGCCUCUGCUGUGGAGAUGGUUGCCCUGCUGGUUCAGUCUGGGCUGUUCGACAGUGCAAUCUUACUCUGUCACACCUUCAGUCUCCCACUCACACCCAUCUUUGAGGGACUGACUUUUAAGUGUAUGAAACUUCAGUAUGGAGGAGAACAGAGCCAGAACGAAGCGUGGAACUGGUUAGCAGCCAAUCAGCUCCCGAGUUUGAUCACCACUAAGGAGUCCAGUGCGACAGAUGAAGCCUGGAGACUUCUGGCUGCAUACCUGGAGAAGCAUCAAUCCCAGAAUGCUCAGUACCAUCGUUGCGUCAUCAACAGACUGCUGUCUCAUGGCGUGCCAGUGCCUGACUGGUUGGUUAAUGCCUGUAAGGUAAAUUAUGCUUUUUGACUGUGCCGUCUUUAA